AUGGCCCGCGUCGACCCUCCCGCCCGCAGCACACAGCUCGACCGCGACAUCCAGGGCGCACGCAACGAGGUCCGUCCCACACACCCCUCUCUCCCACAUCCCCCGCACUCACCCGCGCCGCACCGCACCGCACCGCAGUUCACCGCCGUCUCCACCACCCUCGACGCCCUCAACGCCCGCUUCUCCGCCAUCGUCCGCCUCCUCGAGGACGACAACGCCGCCCUCCGCCAGCGCCUCCUCGCCCUCGACACCCCGCAGCACGCCCUCGCCCUCGCCCGCCUCGCCCACGAAAACGCAGACCUCAGGCGCGCCCUGCUCGCUGCCCAAGCGGAGCGCACAGCCGCAGAGCGCGCACGCGACGCCGCCCUCGCAAAGCUCCAGAACAUGCGCACCGUCAUGGAGGACCUCCUCAGCGAGCACCGCGCGUCGGUGAGCACCCCCCACCCGCACCGAUUCACCCGCGCUCCGGCAGAUGACCGUCCGCGUUCCCAGCUCGGCGCACGCUCGCACCACGAUCCCAUCGACGACCGCGAGCCCGCCCUGCGCCCGCUCGCCGGCAGCACCCGUGUCCCCGCGCCGCAAUCCAGCACCGCCGCCCCGCCAUCGACCGCGUCCUCGCGCCGCACAUCCGCCGCCAGCAUCGUCCCCGUGCCCUCGACCUUGGCCUCAGCCUUCGCCCCAGACCACCCCCCACCCCCCGCCGCCCCCAGCCUCGGCCCCGCCUUCUCCCCCGCACGCAAACCAAAGCCCGCCCCUGCCCCGGGCCCCCGCGCCGCCCUCCUCACCGCCCCUGCGCCGCCCGCGCCCUUCUUCGAGCUCAGUCCCGGCUCUAGCGACUCCGGCAUGUCCGUCCGCUACAACCCCGACGGCUCCCCCGCCCCCGCCCCCGCCUCCGCAAAGUGGCGCAUCCACUUCGUCAAGCCCCCGCCCUCCGCGAAGGUCCUCGAGGGCCCGAUCGCGUUUGCGCGCCUCGAAGGCAUGCUGGAGCUCGAUCACGAGACCAAGAGAGCCGUCUACAACAUGCAGACCUCCCCCACCGACACGCCGCGCCUCCACCUCGCGGGGGGCUACGCCUUCCUCCGCGACCCCAUCUUUCUCGAGUGCCCCUCCGCGACGUACAUCGUCGACUGGACCCGCCCCGACCCCAGCCCUAACCCCAACCACAACCCCAACCCCAACCACAACCACAGCUCCGACCCCGACCACGACCGCGACCGCGACGCGCACCUCGCGCGCGCGCUCUCCGCCACAGACGCGCUGCACACGCUCGUCUACUCGUCGAGGAAGCAAGGCUGGUACUACCUCGGCAGACAACACUGGGCCCCCGUCGACGUGCGCCCCGUCUGGCCAAUGCUCGCCCCAAAGGCCCAGCGCGCCCUCGCCGCGCGCCGCGCGCGCGGCUCCGCCCCCGCCGACGUCUCGCGCAUGCUCGCGCGCGGCGCGCUCGUGCAGCGCGCCGUCGAGCUGCGCCUCGUGGGCGCGGGCGCGCUCGCGGCGGGGCUCCUUGGCCGCAUCCGGGAGGUCACGAUGGCGACGGUGCGCGGCUCCGUGGGCGCGGGCGAUGUCGGCGACGCGGGCGACGUCGACUUGUGA